AUGGACCCGACCACGAUGGAGAACAGCACAACAACGUUGCAAGACGCCACUCGGGCGGCAAAUCUGACGGAAAUACGCAUGAACCCUCUCGAGGAGCAGGUCAUAACGAUAGCUUUGACGGCGCUCAUCUGCGUGGUCGGGAUUGCCGGGAACGUCAUGGUGAUGCUGGUGGUGCUGCGCACUAAACACAUGGUGACCCCGACCAACUGCUACCUCGUCAGCCUGGCGGUCGCCGACCUCAUCGUGCUGCUGGCGGCGGGGCUGCCCAACAUCUCCGAUGUCGUGGCCUUCUGGAUCUACGGACACACGGGAUGCCUGUGCAUAACGUAUCUCCAGUACCUGGGCAUCAACGCGUCGUCCUGCUCCAUCACGGCCUUCACCGUGGAGCGCUACAUCGCCAUUUGCCACUCCAUGAAGGCGCAGCUCAUAUGCACUGUUUCCCGGGCCAAGAGGAUCAUAGCGGCGGUCUGGGUCUUCACCUCGCUCUACUGCAUCAUGUGGUUCUUCCUGGUGGACACGGACGAAACCGUCCACGCCAACGGAGUGGUCGUCAGGUGCGGCUACCGCGUCUCCAGGAACUACUACAUGCCGAUCUACUUCCUGGACUUCACUCUGUUCUACGUGAUCCCCCUGGCCGUGGCCAUUGUGCUCUACGGUCUCAUCGCCAGGAUUUUGUUCAUGAGCCCUCUGGCGUCGCACACGAGCGACGGAGGAGGGUCGGUCCACCAGGGUCGGUGCCGCAGCACCAACAAGCCCAACAGGGGCGGUGUCUCUGCAAGGAAGCAGAUCACUAAAAUGCUGGCCGUGGUGGUCAUCCUGUUCGCCGCGCUGUGGAUGCCUUACCGCACGGUGGUGGUGGUCAACUCCUUCAUCGACCCGCCUUACCACAACACGUGGUUCCUGCUCUUCUGCCGCACGUGCAUCUACACCAACAGCGCCAUCAACCCCAUCGUGUACAACCUCAUGUCGCAGAAGUUUCGCGUGGCGUUCAAGAAGCUCUGCGGGUGCAGCUGGCGCCGCGCGGGGCAGGUGCCGCAGUGCAGCGCGCCCAUGUGCUACAGCGCGAUAAAGGACUCGUCCCACGAGAGCAGCGCUCUGACCGGGGGGCCGGGGGAGGCGAGCGGCGGGGCCCGCCGGGGGGCCAGCGAGGCGGACGUGGAAGCUUUCAGCAUUUCUUAAAUGAGUUUGCCGGAAGAAGGAGGAGGAGGGAAUUACUUGUUUUUUUUUGUUUUAGCUGAGAUCUGUAGAUAUUUCUUUGUGUGUGCAGUGUUGGGUUUGUGGUUCUUUUGUUUCAGUGUGGUGGCGGUGUUGCGAACACACACGUGUGGGGUGUGUGAGAGCGGGCUUUAGUGUGCUUCACGCUGCUUAGUCGUAACAUCCGUUGCAAUUACACAAUAAUGAGCAUUCUCCUUCAAAUGAAAAACACUGACCCAAUCAAAGAAUCAGCAUGAGUCUCUUGAUCAUAAGUGCACUUGUGCUUUUCACAGUUACACCCACAGGCUUGAUUUUAUUCACAUAUAUCACAAUCUUCAACAUCACUGAUGAUCACUGAUGAGUUCCAAUUUUGACCCCUUUAGUAAUAUAUAUUUAUUCAUUGAUCACAUUCCCAUCAACAGGAACCACAUAAAUUGUAGCAGUAACAACUGGGAGGGACCAUUUAACGCAUCACAUGGUGCGUUAGCAUAUGCCGACCUAUUUUGAUAUUGAAUCAUAAACCUACAUUGGUGUACACCAUCUAGGUCUGGAUGCUUUUGCCAAGCAGCACCACUUUGGUGUAAAUACCCCAAUCACUGUUUUAUGUAUUGUGAUGACCUUUUGGGCCGAUGUUCUUGGUUCUCAUGAUGAUGAUCCAUACUGACUUUGGUGACCCUUGUAAUCGGACUAGCUUCCUAUUGUUAGCAUUUAGCUUCAAUGUAUCACCGUUAGUAAUUACAGCUUUGAGGUUGUGCUCUAACUAAUUUCACUAAAGGUCUAAUUAGAGUAAUCGGAAACACGUAUGUGGAUGUGCAGGUCCUUUGUCCUAUAUCGUACAAGUUUGAUCCUUUUAUUCAACCUCAUUAAAUCUGUACAUUCUCUUUAAUCAUGCACGUUUUCUAUGUCGAAUUAUACUAAAUACAAACGUUGUUCAUCCAGUAUUUCCUUUAGAGAAUGGAGAUUUACAUAAACUGAAUUGGACUGCAGCUCUAGUACAGGUUGUUGUACAGCAUCAGAACACCCUUGAAUAGAGGAUAACAGAUGGAUCAUUUCAAGGACGCACUUAUAAUUGUCUUUUCUUUUUGGAUUUGCAUUCAUUUGCUCGUAUCCUACUGCUUGGUUGAACACAUCACACCUUUUGUUUGCUUGUUUUUUCCAGGUUUCCUGCUGCAGCCUCAAGCUCUAAAAAAGUAUCAUCUCUACCGUAGCAUGCGAAUAACAUGAAUAACAACUAACGGCAAGUCAUAUGUGUAUGAAAAUGUGAUGCUUCUGAUUGGUCUAAGUGCAGCUUCACUGUGAGAUUACAGUCAAUGAUGAACCCUGUUGGUGUUUUGUAAUGCGUCAGCCCCCUACUGUGUCACGUCCAGAGCAUUUUAUACAAAAAUGACCUCCCUCUGGAUGUUGUGCAGUCCGAAUGGGGCCGAGCUUUUUGAUGAAAGAGUCAGUGAAGGCAGAAAUCCGCUGAGGCUUAGUUCAAACAUUGCCAGUGACUCCAGCAGUAGUUUCUUUAAUUUUUUGGUUCGAGACGUGACAACAUGUAUUAAUACUGAGGUUUUUUUGGUGUUGUUUCUUGUUUCGUUUCAUUGUGUGUCAGAUAUAAAAGAAAUACCCAUGGCCUCAACAGACUGAAUACCGCAGAAGUCUUAACAGUAAGCGGGCAGUAAAGGUCUGAUGAUGCAAAGCCACUUCCUUUGGAGGAAGGAGCAGCGAAGCGGCUCUGGCAAACACUGCUCUUGUGACGUGGCCGCGUUGUUGGGGCAGCAUGCUCUGCUUUGCUAAUGGAAGUUCUGGGUCAGCUGUGUCACAUCCAGCAGCAUGACAUCUAACAGUGUCACCCUUGUAUGACAAAGUGCUUUAUAUACACUAUGUUAUAUGCUAUAUAUACACAAACAGUGAUAACUGUGCAACUUUCGUGCUUAUUUUCCCCAAAGCUUGGAUUUGAAAAUACCGAAUGUGUGUGUUUUUUUAAGGUAAGCAGCUGGUUGAGUUAGAUUAACCUGCUGUCUAAAGGUCAUCUAAAUCGUCUUAACGGCACUGUUAAAUCAAUAUAGUUUAACAUAUAUAAUGAUUCGGUCCACAGGCAGUGGGCCAUCUGUGGGUUGAUUACUUGUUAAAUUAGAAAGCUUCAUCUUGAGGAAGCUUUUCUUAUGCUGUGAUAUCUUUUGGUUACAUCUUCAUCUUUGAUAACUUCUUCUAGCCUCCAUUGACGCAAUCUGAGGAAACAAAAAGGUAAUUUAGAUAUCUGGGUUGGAGAAAUUAACAUUACAAAUUAACAUCAUUAUGUAGCUUCAUUACACUGAUCUUUAUUUAAAGAUUCUGAAUAAAUCACAUGAUGAGUGACACAUAGUACAAUAUAUUUUGGUAUUCAUUUUUGUAUGCAGAGAACAAAAAGAGCUCUUCUUCUGUGAGAAUGAAUAAUUCAUACACAGCAUCUGCAAGAGUUUUUGUUUAAUAUUAACACAAAUAAUCAAAGCGCAGCCGGAGUGUUUCAGACUUUAUUAUUUAUUGUCCAUUAACCCUCGUGUGCGUUGAAGAAUAUCCUUCACUGUUACUAUGGAAUGCACAGAGCAGACAAAAAAAAAACAUGCAGGGAAUGAACGGAUAAAGCAGCACAACAAGUCAGCAUCCUUCAAAUGUCAUUGAUGCAAUUUGUUGUUCAACGGCUAAAUUGAUGUUAAGUUAAGAUUUGACAGCUGUAAAAACUGUAUAUAACUGAAAAUAUAACAACUAAAAAAGUUGACAAUUAAAAUGACUGCAACACAUGGAUAGAACAAAGCCAUCGUUUAUGUUAUUUGUAAUGUGUGUGGUUUCUUCUUCUU